UAAGCGAAACAAUAACAAUUGGUGUUACUUUCACUAACCCUCUGAGAGAGUGACUGUUACAUGUUCCGUCCAUCAAGCUUUUAAGGAAAUUGGGAAAGGCAUAUAACGUGCUCUGUGCACGUCAGGUUUGACACGAUUUGAAACCCUUUAAAGUUGAAUCUACUUUUUUUCUACAGUAGCUGUGCAGGAGUGGCAAGAGCCUAAAGCAGCUAUUCAUAUCAGAUUUCAACCAAACCAGCUGGGAGAGAGAGAGCGGAGAGAGCGAGCGUCUGUCAUUAUCUUUCCCUUUCCGAUCCAGGAAAGCUUAGGGAGAGAGAAAAUAGAGAAAAUAGAGGGAGAGAGGGAGGGUGAGAGAGGAGGAGAGAGAGGGAUCCAAAGGAAUUUCUAAGGAUAUUUCUUCUGUUGCCGUGAAAAAAAAGUGUUGGUCAGUUGGGGGCGAGGCGAAGAGCGCGGUCAAGGAUGGACGAGCAGCCUCGGUUGAUGCACUCCCACGGCGUGGGAAUGGCCCGACACCCCGGCAUGGCGCAAAAUAUGCAGGAUGGCACAGGAGGGACGGACGGAGAUGGAAGAAAGCAGGACAUUGGAGACAUAUUACAGCAAAUAAUGACAAUCACAGACCAAAGCCUGGACGAAGCGCAGGCCAGGAAACAUGCACUGAACUGUCACAGGAUGAAACCGGCUCUCUUCAACGUCUUGUGUGAUAUAAAAGAGAAAACAGUGCUCAGUAUCCGUGGCACCCAGGAGGACGAUGCUCCAGAUGCCCAGCUCAUGCGAUUGGACAACAUGCUGCUGGCGGAGGGCGUGUCCGGACCAGAGAAAGGGGGCGGGUCUGCGGCAGCAGCAGCAGCGGCGGCAGCAGCGGGAGGAGGGGUGGGCCAGGACAACUCAACAGAACACUCAGACUACCGGGCCAAGCUGACUCAGAUCCGCGGGAUCUACCACACAGAGCUGGAGAAGUAUGAACAGGCAUGUAACGAGUUCACCACCCAUGUGAUGAACCUGCUGAGGGAGCAGAGUCGCACGCGGCCCAUCUCACCCAAAGAGAUCGAGCGCAUGGUGGGCAUCAUCCACCGCAAGUUCAGCUCCAUCCAGAUGCAGCUCAAACAGAGCACCUGCGAGGCCGUCAUGAUCCUACGCUCACGCUUCCUCGACGCCAGACGAAAGAGAAGGAACUUCAACAAGCAGGCAACAGAGAUCCUAAAUGAGUAUUUCUACUCCCACCUGUCCAACCCCUACCCCAGUGAGGAGGCCAAGGAAGAGCUGGGCAAGAAGUGCUCCAUCACAGUGUCACAGGUAUCGAACUGGUUUGGAAACAAGAGGAUCCGAUACAAGAAAAACAUUGGCAAGUUCCAAGAGGAAGCCAACAUGUACGCCGCGAAGACAGCUGUCAGUGCAACCAAUGUAUCAGCCCAUGGCAGCCAGGCCAACUCCCCCUCCACCCCCAACUCUGCAGGUUCUGCUGGCUCUUUUAACAUGUCAAACUCCGGAGACUUGUUCAUGAGUGUGCAGGCUCUGAAUGGGGACUCAUACCAGGGGGCUGGGGUAGGGGCCAACGUUCAGUCCCAGGUGGAUACUCUUCGCCAUGUUAUCAGCCAGACAGGAGGAUACAGUGACAGUCUCGUCGCCAGCCAGAUGUACAGUCCACAGGGCAUCAAUACAAAUGGUGGAUGGCAGGAUGCUCCGACCCCCUCGUCAGUGACCUCGCCCAUAGAAGGACCUGGAAGUGUUCACUCGGAUACUUCCAACUGAUUAUUUGACCCUCCACAUACACCAUCCCCACAACCCAACGAUGAACUGGCAGAGCCAAUCACAGUCCUAAACAUAGCGGCAUACUACACAGUGUCCUGUAGAUUUCAGGGGUGCUGUGAAAACCAUAACUAUAGCAACCUUUCCUCAGCUACAGUACUACGGGACAUUUGAGAUGCAUACAUACAGUAAUAGAAUUUCAAAGCAAAAAUCAAAACGAUACAAAAGUUGUUAAUACAAAUGUUUGUACAGAUUUCACAGGAUAUUCAGAGGGCUGGAUUGCUUACUUACCUGUGAUGGGUUUACUCAUAUUGAUGAUAUUAAGUGAUAAAAAUACAUUUAGACAACCAAACCUGUAGACUUCAAUUCAAAUGCUUAAUUCUACCUCUCAGCGACUAAAAAGUAAACAAAUAUGAAAGAGCAUUAUUUGUUUUCUAAAACAUGAACUUUGUCAACUUUGUCAAGGAAGAAGCACUUCGCCAUUCUUUGUUUUGCGGUCCCUCCUCACUGGGCACAUACUGGUUGAAUCAACGUUGUUUCCACUUCGUUUCAAGGAAAUUACGUUGAACCAAUGUGGAGCCGACGUUGAAUUAACAUCUGUGCCCAGUGGGUCGCCUAUUCGAUGGUAUGCCAAAUAGGCUUUUAAUGUUGCUCCCCUGUUUACAGUGUGUGCUUGAUGAACUGUGUUCGCUUUACCCUCUCCCACAGGGAAAUAACCAAGAAGACUUAGAACUUGAUUUACUAAAUGUUUUUGUAUUAGUUUCUCCGUAGAGGACUUUUAGGGAAAGCAGGUCAGCCCAGUGAACUCUGAGGACCCUUCACCCUGACUAGCAGGUCUUCAAUCUGGGUGGAAGGCAUUAGAAAAGGAAAACAUGCUGGUACGAGAAUGCUCAUUGGCGAAUCUAAAGGAUUUAAUGGAAAUUGAGUAGACAAUUGAAUAUACAUUGUAGAUGUGUGUCUUCCUGAUUUAUAAACUUCUGCCCCAUGACCCCUUUGAUAAGAACGCAGGAGAUCUGUGGGCCCACAAGCACUCAUAGGGCUCUCUUCUGAUAUCCAUACUAGCGUGCCACUUAGUCUUGCUAACACCAGGCUCUCGACGUCACAGCACGUUGGUCGCUCGUCAGCCAGGCUACGCACCACUUAGAAUGCAUGCCCAAUACAUGCUUCAUUCUAAGUAUGCUAGUGUGGAUAUUGGGAAAAAGCUACAGAGUAUGUGCUGUUGAUUGUCUGAGGGCCUGAGGAAAGCCUUCCUUUUUAACAGCCACCUCAUUGAGUAUCAGUGUCUCAUCAGAGGUAAACGUGUGAAGUUACAGUUAUGUCAUGUGUAAAAGGAGAAAAAAAGGAAAUAAACACCUGUCAUCAACAACCCAGACGAGUUUGAAUCACAUCAUUCAUUCCAGUGAGAAUAAACUAAACAAAAGAACACAUCGUCUCAAUCUGAAAGUCAUUUGGAAUCACUUCCUGUGUCUGAUUGUUUUGGAGCCUAUGGGGGCCAAUAAGAGCAGACAUAAUGAGCAAAGUGGUGAAAACAUCAAGUAAUUUUGUCCUUGUCUAAUGUCAUUUCCUCGUUCGCUGUCUCACUUCAAAUUCAUUUGUUUUUUUAGUCGCCAAAUGCUACUGUUAACCAAAACUCUUAUAUUUGUUGAUCUAUUUUUUAUUUAGAGGUCGUAACCCAUCUAGCUACAUUCACUCAUAUACUUAUAUUAGAUUUCUCACUUUACCUUUUGCCAACUGUCCCAAUUCUGGUGCAGCAAUCCUAACUGGGGGGAAAUGAAAUCGAUAACCAACUGAACAAUGCUGCCUAAUUGAAAAGCCAUUGUAGAAGAAACCCUUUCUGGAGAAAAUCUCUGUCAAGGAUCUGUGUAGUAACAGUUUGUUUUUGAGUACAUGGAAUCAGAAUGUAGUUAAAAGGGGAAGUCGUUACGUUAAUAUGGUUCAGUUACUCCGAGCUCCGCUGAUGCAGGUAACACCAGGACUGAACUUACAGUAGCCGUGAUGCGCAGGUCAUGAGAUGCUUGUUUACCCCGUGACAUAGCUCAGAAGAUACAUUGUUUUCCUGUGAUUCAGUGUUCAUUGUUCCGCCACUGUUCCAAGGCACUCUCCUGCAAUGGAACUAUAUUGUUCUUUAAACCCAGAGUUGAUUUUUGUUUCUCUUCUCUCUUUUUUUGCCAUUUGAAUUUGUAUUACAAAAUGUUACUGUAUAUGACAGCAUUCUUUCUUUCACCGUAUCAAGAAUGUUACCUGUGUCCUUGCUGUUCACUUCUUAAAUUGACUUCUAUCAGUCCUCAGAAUUCAUGAGCAUUUUGAAUGUUGUGCCAAAAGGUCUGUAAUGUCCAUAGCAAAACUAGAGAUGUGAAAAUUCCUUCAGACAAACAAAGAUGUUUGGACAUUUGAUAUACUUGUCCUUAUGUUGUGUGGACUAUAGUUAUUCUUUAGUAUUUUGUUAUUUACUUUUUAUAGUGUGCUAUUGUACUUCAUGGUUCCCAUUUUCUUGUCAAUUAGCUCUCUCAUGAUGUGAUUCUGUGAACAUUGCCUCAUUGUACUUGACUUUCUUUGUUGAACCAUCAUUUCUACACUUUCAACAUUAAACUUAUUAUACUACUAUAUAAUACAUCAAGACAAAACAAUGGCAUUUUGUUAUUGAAUAUUUGAGCGAGAAAACAAGAAUAAUAUACUGAUAUUUGCCAGUUUUGCAAAAUGUUAUAGUUUAAAAAAAAUGUGAUAUGGAUUUUAAUGCACCAAUUGUAAAUUCAGUUUCCCAAACAAUGUACUAACAAGUUCAAAAAAGCUCACUUGCCAUGUCCCCUCUAAUUAAUUGAUUUGUUGUGCCAAAGUAGAAGUAUUCAUAAUUUAUUCAUUUUGGAAUAACUCUCAAUAAAACUGUCUGUAACUCCCGUAUUAACUACAAGUGAAUCUCAACUACUUGAUACUCUACAGGGACCCUGAGCUCUACAACCCAUUCCCUCCGGAUCCAGAUUUAGAAAUACGUAUGCUUGUUUGCCAAUAAAUGCAAUAUGAUAACACACUCCAUAUAAAAUAGCUUUUUUUGUUUUGAUAGCUGAA